AUGUCAGAUUCUGUCUUGGAAUCGGGACAAGUUUGUUCAGUCAAGGUGUUAGGAGUGCUGUGUCUGCUUGACCAAGGGGAGACCGACUGGAAGGUUAUUGGAAUUUGUACUGAUGACCCUCUUGCCUCACAGUUGAACGAUAUUGACGACGUGGAGACGCUCAUGCCGGGAUUUCUUUCGGUAAAUUGGUUUAGAGACUACAAGAAGCCCGACAACAAGCCUGCUAAUAAAUUUGGACUGAACGGGGAGUUUCGAGGAUAUAGGGGUGUUGAAAUGCAGUAUAAUCUGGGUCAAUACCUAAGAAGUCGAUAUUCAUUUUUUGAAAGAUAUUUUAAAAAAGACAUAGAGAUCCUAUCAUCUGACAGUGAUCGGGCAAUAAGCAGUGCAAUGGCCACUCUGGAAGGCCUUUUUCCUACUCCUAAAACUGAUAUCAUGGAUUUUAAAACCCCGUGGAGUCCAAUUCCAGUCCGCACAAUUCCGUCUAGCUUGGAUUAUAUGACUUUGGCUAUUUUGCCGAAAAGUGGUCAGUUAGUUCAAAUGAGUGUUUCUGGCCGUAUUCACCAGCAGGAACUGUCUAGUAUUAUGGAUGCUGCUACUUCUGGAUGUCAGCAGAUUUAUAUGCAAAUGCAGGGUCUUUUGAGGGACCAUUUGUCAGCUCUUUCACUAUCAAUGUAUCAUCGAUUACUUUGA